UAUCUUUUAUCGAAAAGUAGAGAAGAAACUUGAGCCUCCCAUCUCAUGCAAACUUAUCGAACAAGUUAAUUAGCUUUUCUCUUUUAUAUAUUGAUCAGCUUCGCUCACUAUCACUCUUAAUUUUCUUAUGAAACUCAUUCGAUCUCUUCGAUGAUGGCUGCGUUGUCAUUGUGUUUGAAUCAUGAGCUGCCACGGGGGUUCAGGUUCUGUCCGACGGACCAGGAACUGGUCAGCUACUUCUUGAGGUCAAAGAUCACUGGGAUUAAUCACCAAGCACUUCACUUUAUUCCCCAGCUUGAUCAUGAUUUCUUCAAAUGGGAGCCUUGGGAUUUGCCAGACUUCUCCGGGUUACCGACAAAGGAUGAAGAAUGGUUCUUCUUCUCGCCACAGCACCGGAAUGGGAAUCAGAUGAACAGGGCGACGAAUGCUGGGUACUGGAAAGUGGUUGGCAAGGAUCUCAAAAUCUGCUCCGGGGGAAGGUUGAUUGGAAUGAAAAAGAUAUUGGUUUUCUAUCUGGGCUCUACUCGCAACGCCAAAAUAACCGAUUGGGUCAUGCACGAGUACCACGCAACUCUCAAGGAGCUCGAUGGCACCACCAACCCCGCUCAGAAAACCUUUGUCCUCUGUCGUUUAUUCAAGAGGCCUAACAAUGGUAGCAAAGCUCCAAAGCGAAAGUACUACUCUACCAAAUCUGGACCUGCCAAGUGUAAGCUAGCACUGGCUUCUGAAUCUCCGGCAAUGGAAGUGCAAGCCGAAGAUUAUCAUCCAACAACUAGGGAAUGUCUUCAUUCUGAUCAGGAUUCUCAUGGAACGACAUAUGUCGACACUAUAGCAUGUAACUUUGAGAGAAUCUGUUUUGAUUGAUAUCCCAAAAUAGUCAAUUCUAUUUAAUAUAUAUAAAGAGAAUUAAUUACCUCUGA